AUGCAAUCAUACAACGCGGCUCUACCUUAUAGACCUAGAUAUGGGGGUGGUGGAGCGCCACACAUGGGUACUCAUGAGGCACCACAUCCAACUAGAUUCGCAACGGUGCACUCACCAGACGGUGGAAUAACAUCUCCCAAUGCUUUGGCUCAGAUGAGUGUGGAUGCACGCCAGAAUGCUCCUUCAAAUCCACAUUCGAACAAACCAGCUGAUUACGUUUACUUCAAGCGCGAGCCCCACCUUUUCUCGCGCGAGGCCGUACCUAGAGCUACAGCAGCUAAAAUGCGCCUUGAGCAGCAUUACAAGAUGGCUGUUGAGCAUGCUAUUGAGCGCAAUCAGCGUCGUAUCGAGACUGAGAAGAGACACGCAGUCCGUCAUCAUAUAUCCUCCCCAGCUGAGCUCGCACAGAUCCAGCAGCGUCGACAAAUCGCUUUUGAGCGGCUGGGCGAGAAGGAGACAUCGUUUGUACGUCUCCGUCGCACAAAAAUAGGUCUGGAUGACUUCAAGACCGUUAAAGUUAUUGGAAAGGGUGCAUUUGGUGAGGUGAGACUGGUGCAAAAGAAAGACACUGGAAAGAUCUACGCAAUGAAAACUCUCCUCAAGAGUGAAAUGUUCAAGAAGGAUCAACUUGCACAUGUACGUGCUGAACGUGAUGUACUUGCUGAGAAUAAGUCGCCGUGGGUUGUUAAUCUUUACUACUCAUUCCAAGACGCAAAGUAUCUCUACCUACUCAUGGAGUUCUUGCCGGGCGGUGAUUUAAUGACCAUGCUGAUUAAGUAUGAUACUUUCAGCGAGGACGUUACCCGGUUUUAUAUUGCAGAGUGCGUUCUAGCAAUUGAGGCAGUCCACACUCUCGGCUUUGUUCACCGUGAUAUCAAGCCUGACAACAUUCUCAUUGACAAAAAAGGUCAUGUAAAGCUCACCGAUUUCGGCCUCAGUACCGGUUUUCACAAGAAGCACACAGCGCAGUACUACCAGCGUCUGCUCGACCAGGGUGGUGAAGGGAAGAAAGAGCGGAAUAGUGUUGCGAUCGACAAAAUUAAUUUGACUAUGUCCCGUCAUGACCAGAUCCAGACAUGGAAGACGAAUCGUCGCAAAUUGGCCUACUCGACAGUUGGAACGCCUGACUACAUCGCUCCUGAAAUAUUUCUGCAGCAAGGCUACAACCAUUCAUGCGACUGGUGGAGUUUGGGAGCUAUUAUGUUCGAAUGUCUCGUGGGCUAUCCUCCAUUCUGCGCUGAGAGCGCACACGAGACAUAUCGCAAAAUCAUCAAUUACCGUGAACAUCUCUAUUUCCCCGACGACGUUCAACUUUCAUUUGAAGCGGAGGAUUUGGUGAGAAGGUUGAUGUGCGCACCUGAGUACAGACUGGGGCGGAACAACGCGGCGGAAAUUAAACAGCAUCCUUUCUUCGAUGGUGUUGAUUGGAGCUGUAUCAGACAAAUAGAUGCUCCGUUCGUACCCCACCUCCGCUCCAUUACUGACACAAGCUACUUCCCAACGGAGGAGCUUGAGUCUGUGCCGGAAACUCCCGCUGGAGCUGACGUUACUGGUGAUAGCAAGGACUUGGCUUUCAUGGGCUAUACAUUCAGGAGAAUGACUAUGAACGAAUUUUAG